AUGACGCUUCUCGAUGCUCAUCUUGAGCAAAUAUCUCUAUGUGCCGCCUCAAUUGCGGAGCUACCUUUCCCCCCUCCCAAGAUCUUCACGAAUGCGCUGUUGCAACCUCACGAUAUUACCACUUUUAUCCGAGAUACAGAGAUCCAUGAGCGCGCUCUAUUCUCUGUGCCACCACCGCCUCCUCUCCCAAAAGCGCAAGACCCUACCGCGGGGUCGAACAGACGAAACACCAUCUUCAACAUCAGCGGUGGAAACAAUAGUAGUAUUGCCGGAGGCGGCGCCAAUGGUGUCAGAGCGCCGAGACGUAACACCGCUGUCGCUGCCGUUCUUGGGACAGAAUUGGCUGACAGGAUUCGACGAGGAGGUGGGGGAGGGGUAGGAACCGGUCUUGGAUAUCGUACAUUCGAUGGAAAUAACAAAGGCGAGGUAGAUGUCGACACUCUCCUGGAAGGGGCGGAGAAGCUCCUUGGAGUCUACCCUUUACCGGGAGUACGAGAGAGGAUCGCGGCCAUUCGACAGCGAUACAGCAGACUGCAGUCGUCCAUAGAAUUCUAUGAAAACCGCCUGGCUGAACAGGCUGCUCAGCUGAGUAGGCUAAACCGAUCAAGAGAUUAUGCGGCGGACGAUGCCGACGAGGGGGACGUUGAGCCUGAGGCUACUACUCUCUUCCAGCCCUUGUCCGAAAAUGAUCUACGCAAGGAGGAAGAGGAGAUUCGGCAACUUGAGAGAAAGAAGAAAGGCCUUGAAGAGCGCGUUACCUCAAUGGGUCGCGAUAUAUCAGGAGUACUGCGAUGA